AUGGGUGUGGUUAUGGGCGGUGUCUCAUUAAAAUGGCGGUCGUUGGUGAAGGUUUAUUUCUUGAUUCUGUGAAAGACGAAGUAGCUGAAGAAGAUCCAGUGGCAGUUCUAAAGGACUAUUUUAAAUUCAGAUACACUGAGAAUGACCACGAGUACUUGAAAUGUAGGAAUAGGCGCAAAAUGAUGUAUCAGGUACCUGUUAUCAGUCCUUGGCCUCCUCCUCUAGUAAGAAACAGGAGACCAAGAGGUAGAUAUAAGGAUCAUCGUCAUAGGGAGAAGGAUAGGUAUGGGUCGGACAGGUCUCAUCAUAGAUCACUUGUAUCGUCUCAUGAAAGAUAUAAUGACUGGAGUCCACCACGCUAUCAUAGGUCAUAUCGAUAUCGCAGUCGCUCACCAGGUUCUCCUCAGCAUUCGCCUCCUACCUCUCACCUUUCUCAUUCUUAUGAUCAUGAUCAGUUUAGAUCGUCACAAGAAGAUGAACUACUCUCAUCCCAAGAACAGCAUCAAAGAAAGAAGGAAGAGGAGCAUCAAAGAGAAAAGGCAGAGUAUCAAAGAGAGAAGGUAGAGCAUCAAAGAGAAAAGGAAGAGCAGCCAUUAGCUGAGAGGCCACAGGAGAGGGAGGAAGAGAAAGGCACUGAGAGUAAACCAGCUCCAGCCAUUUCUAAUUAUUUUGAUAGUCUAAUGCUGAAUAUGAGAGAGAGCCCAGAGAAACUGACAGAUAGUGAUUUUCAGGAUAUACUCAUUAAUGCCAGCUCAGGCAGCAGCAAACCAGUUUUGCCACUUAAGAGGCAAAAGAAAGAAAAGAAGGAGCCUGCUAAGAAACAGCAACCACAAGAAAAAGCAAGUACUACAGAGACUUCUACUGCUAAGAGAAAGGUGCAGCCUGAUGGACUUCUUGUUAGUCACGGAAACACAAAAUCAGUCACUGCAUCAAUAUUACGGGAUGGAUUAAGCGCUAAUAAAACGAUGGCUCUUCCACAAAGGAAUAAGAAAAAAAGGACGAGAGUAAUUAGUAAUAUCAGUGAUGAAGAGGACGAUGAGAUUAUUGAUCCAGUGCAAGUUAACAAUGACACAAUGCAAUUGAGCACUCGUUUGAGGCAGGAGGCCACUGAUAGUGCUCAUGGUGGGAUUGGAGGAAAAGUUAAAGUGGAAGAAGGACAGCCAGGACUGAAAAGUGCCUUUUACAACCAGCCAGAAGCAUUUACUGUCCAUAUCAAUCUAAAGCAUGUUAAUUUGAAUAGCAAAACGGAGUCAUUUAAUCAUACCGAGACUCAACCUGUCUCUCCUACUGUUUCCCCAUCAACUGCUCCUUGCAUGUACUCCAGUGCUGUUACACUAGAUGAUUCCAAUAAACAUGUUGUCUUGCGUCUCUCAAAGCCAGUGGAAUCUGAAACUGAUGUCUUAAGCGCAAAGAAAAGUCACAAAUCAAAGAAAAAGAAGAAAAGUAAAGAACAUUAAAUAUCUGGUUGAAGUAGCAACUCUUAUUAUCAUUUGUCAUCAAAACGUUUAUACAGUAUGUACAAUGUAUCAUUAAUCAAAUCUAAUUUCUAAAAUAAUUUGUUAUGAAUGCAUUAAUUAAUCAUUGUCUGUGUGCAUGGUUUUUAUUCACUCUGGGAUUGAAUAUCCCUCUGUAACCUUAUCUUACACUCUUUCUUGUUGAUUCUGUGUGGACUGUCAUUGAA